UUUUUUAGGCAAAACAAAAAUUGACGAAUUUUUUGUUUAUUUUUCUUUAAUUUUUCCAACAUUUUCACACAUUUCCAGCCACAAAAUCAUGAAAAUUUCAACGACAACCUGUGCCUUACCGAUGCUCGCGAUACUCUUCGCCGUCUUCAGCACAAGUCUCGCCAUCCGAUGUUAUCAGUGCUCCUCGGCGACAGACAUGAAGGGCGUCGACAGCUGCGGCGCGUACAAAGCCUUUAAUCGCUCGCAACACAUCGCCAUCGAAUGCAACAGCGACGAAUCGCACAUGCCCGGAUCGUUUUGCAUGAAAGUCGUUAAUCAGAGUCCUCGAGGAUUCAUUUGGGACGGAAGAUGGCGUCAAGUAAUCCGUCGAUGUGCAUCGGUAGCUGAAACAGGUGUCACGGGAGUGUGUAAUUGGGGCGUUUACGAGAACGGCGUUUAUUGGGAGGAAUGUUAUUGUGCCGAAGAUCAAUGUAACAAAGCCUCGUCGAUGAUUGUGACGCCUCUGAUGUUCUUAUCUGUCGUAAUUUAUGCGAUUCUGCGUUGAUUUUUACAAAAAAUAAGCAAAAAAAAAUCUCAAAUUGUUACAAAUUCCGUCCAUUUUUAGGGUUAGAAGACAAGAAAACGAAUAAAAUUUCGAUAUUUUUUAA